UGGACAGUUACUAUGGUAAUGUAAAGAAUAAAGUUGUGACAUUUGCCUAUCUACAGUACCAUAUAGGUUCUUUAUUAAUGUAGAUCUACUUGCAAUUUUAAAUCAAGAUAUGAUGUUUGUUGUCUACACUUACAUUUUUAAGGUGUAAUUUUGUUGGAAUUUCAUAUCAUAUACAAGUGUCCAUGUUAUUUUUACAAAAAAAUGCUUUAAAGGUGUACAUAUAGACUGUAUUUUGGUUCAAAACACAAUGAUAGGGAAAUGUAUAUUUGGGUAUGGUUGAUUAUAUCUUAUUGAAAGUGUAUAUUGUAUUCAUGAUAAAAACAGCACUUUUUUGGGAUAAAACAUUUAUUUUUAGUAUAAUUGGGCAAUAUUUGGGUAUAUUUAGGCAAUAUUUGGGUAUAUUUGGGCAAUAUUUGGGUAUAUUUGGGUAUUUCGUGCUGCCCGUCUCCUUAGCUAGGAUAGGAUAGGAUAGGAUACUGAUAGGAUAUGAUACUGUUAGGACAUUAUGUCAUUGUAAUUAUCUCAGUCUUGUAGUUCUUUUUCAACUUGCUUUUACCUUAUGUCUAUAAUUUUGCACUUAACAUAAUUGUUUUUUUUACUGCUAUUCCCAGACAACGCGCCUGCUUAGUGUAAUCGAUUAUGAUUUUGAAGCAGUAAAAUGUAGAUGUAGAGAUAGGAUAGGAUAUAUUGGAUUGGAUAGAAUAAGAUUGAUUGAUCGAUUGACUAAUUUUAGGGCCGGUUUGACUUGGAGCCAAUCUCACUUGGGGCCAAUUUGACAAGUUUGGGCCGAAAGGGAUACUGGACUUUCGGCCCAAAACCAAAUCGUUACCAAGAUGGCAUUUACAUAUAUGGAAACAUCUGCUACAAGUUGGGGAAAUGAAACAAACAUCUCUUCAUACGUGUUUCUGGACUUUGAAACAACAAGUUUACUGGACAGAAAAUGCCGUAUAACAGAAAUGUGCUUGUUGGCUGUAAACAGAGUAGACUUGACGGCUGCAGGAAGCUUCCCCAGAGUAACAAACAAAUUAACAGUUUGCCUUGAUCCUCAGCAACCAAUCUCCAUGACAUCAAGCAAUAUCACAGGUUUAUAUAAUGACAGUCUAGAAAACCAAAAAGCAUUUACAGAUGAAACCGUUGCACUGAUAAAUGCAUUUCUCAACCACUUAAGAAAGCCAAUAUGCUUGUUAGCACACAAUGGAAAUAGGUUCGAUUUUCUACUGCUUGUGGCAGAACUUAAAAGACUCAACCAAUCACUUGAUAAUUCAAUUUGGUGUGCAGACACUUUGGAAGCCUUUAGGUCAUUGGAUGGUUUGCCGGCAGUAUAUACCCCAUCAUCCAAUCAGAGUUAUAUAAAGAAAUUUCAGAACUCUCCAAAUAAUGGUGACAAAACUCCAGUAACAUCAGCAAAGUCAAGCACAAAUACUCCUUUAAAAAGAAAAGGAACAACUGAAUUCAGCACUCCAAGUGAUAAUUCACCAAAGGUUAGCAAACUUGAAUAUUCUUACAAAACAAACCUUUCUGCAGAAAAGGUUAAAAAGAAACUUACAUUUGAAAGUAUUCAAGACAAGACUACAGAUGAUACUAAGCAAGAUAAAAAAGAAACAGAAGAAGUGGAAGAGGCAACUGAAGAAUUCUCAUCAAGUUUAGAUGAUACUCAUUAUCUUAAGGCUCUUGAAUCUGUUGAGAAAGGUCUAUGUCAAGAAACACUCGUAUUUAAUAAAUCUGCAGGUGAUUGUUUAUCUGAGAGUACAAAGAAGGAACAAGAAAAUGAAGAUACAAAAAGUAUACAGUCACCAGCUAAUAAUUCAACAGUUUUAGAAACAUCUGCUGGAACAUGUUGUGUUGCCAAUGGUACCGGUUAUUACAUCAGGCAGAGUACACAAGAGCUUUUAAAAGAAGAAAAGAAUGCUGUUCCAAAGAGGGAUGAAUCAGGGGGCAAUAUUACCUCUUCUCCUGUUGUAAAAUCUGAGGAACCGAUUAACAUUACAUCACCUAAACUGGAAAACUGUUCGAAAGAAACUGAAUUUUCAAGUGGCAAAAAGGACCAAAUGUCCACCACAAAAACAAAUUUUGUUGUUACAUUGACAUCCAAGCAGUAUUCACCUUUACCAGCAGAAACAAAUAAUUUCUCAAGUAGAGAUAAUUGUUUGUCAGAAAACAAAAAUGUGUUGAGUUCUUCAAAAAAAGAAUCAAUUCAACCAGAUGUAUCUAAUGCUUCAAAUGGAUCACCAGUGCCUUUGACAUCAUGCCAGGUAUCAAGCUGUGCACAAUCAAACUCAGUAUUAGUGUCUGACAAAGGUAUGUCUGCAUCUUCAAAAGUUUCAUCAGCAAGAACAUCAACUGAUGUACAAAUCAUUACAAGACAUUCAGAUUUAAAAUCAGAGUCUACAGCAGUUGUGUCAACUCUACCUGCAAAUUCUACUAGUUUUACACAAGUUUCAACAUCAUCUGAUUCAGCAAAUUUAUUAGAUUCGAAGUCAGUGUUCACUUCAAAUAAAGCAACUUGUUUAAAAUCGUCACCACUCCCUACAACACCUAUCGUAACAAAUUCUGUAAAACAGACUCAGAUUUCUGGCUUAUCAACAGAAGAUUUAUUAAAAACAAAACCAGACUCUGCAGCAGGAACACAAAAUGGAUCACCAUACCUUCAAAGACAGUCAUACAAAUUGGAAGAAAUAUACUUGAGGAAAUUUGGAAGCCGGCCACCCCAUUCACAUAAAGCAGAAGAUGACUGUAUUACCCUUUUGAAAAUUGCUAAAAGUUCUCCGAACUUUAUGGAUUGGGUGGACAAGAAUUCAGAAUUACUUUCUUCUAUUGAUUCACCAUUUUAAGAUUACAAUAAUUUUCUGUUUCCCUUUAGUCCUGUUGAUAGCAUUUUUAAUACUAACAUUUGGAUACUUUACAAAAAUGUUUCAAUUUUACGAUUUUAUAGGUUGACACUUUGCAAGUGAUACAUUUGAUGAAAUUAUUGAUAUUCAUUUAAUAGACUGUUUUAUACAUACUCUGUUUUAUACAUACUCUAUUUAAUUUAUUUUUGAUAGGCCAGUUUUAUUUUCUGUAUUCAACAUAUUUUAAUCAGCAAAUUUUACUAUGACAUGAUAUUUUAAGUAUUUAUUCUAUUUUAAUACAACUCAAAUUUAUACAUUUGUUUUUUUAUGUUUUAUAAUAUUUAGUCAUCUUUAUGAAAUGAUAUUAGAGUAAAUACAGCUUGAAUCUAUACAGCGCCUUUUGCUUAAAUCGUGUUUAAGAAUACAAGUAGUUGCUUUGAAAAAUUACACCCUUCUUAUAGAUAAAUUUAGUCAUUGAGGUAUUCUUUUUAAAUUGACUUUGUUUUGUAAUGAAAAUGAACACACAUUUUUUAUCUGGAUUUUACCCAGUAGAUGGAUAUGAUUUGGUGAAGUGGUUUCUUAAAUAUAAAUACUACUGUUUUAAUGUGUAUAAAUAUACCGCUUUGUCCUUGGCCCAACAUACUUAGGAUCUAUACAGUCCUGGAUUAUUUUUGAUACUAACAAUUUGAUAAUUUACAUUUCAUGUUUUUGACUUCAUAAAUCACAGAGUUUGUUAAGUCUUAAUGGAAAGAUAUAGUACGUAUUUGCAAAAAUUUAACAGGGAAUUCUUAAUUUUACAUUAUAUAGACUGUUUUAACUCCAUUUAAUUUAUUCUAACAAGCCAGUUUUGUAUACACCUUUAAUUGCAUUUUUUUUGUGUGUGUUUUUUGUUAAAUGAAUACUUGUAUUAUAAUGUGAUAUUAGUUGAUUAAACCCUUGUAUAUUAACCUUUUAACAAAGAUAUUUAUUUUUAUAUUUAAUUUGUUUUGCCAUGAAAAGAAAUAAACAAUUUUCAUUGUCAAUCAUU